AUGAAUACACUCGUGCCACAAUCAUCCAAGCAAGAUGUCAUUAUCAAUUAUGAUAGGGAGUCGAAACAAGCUGCUAACAAUCAUGAUUCAAGUGAUACUGACUCUUCCACUGAUACCAGAGUAAGUAAUCUAGCAAAUCAUUCUGAAAGCAGUGGAGAACAUAAAAGAGAAUCCAGUGCUAAGAGGAGGAAACAGAAUAGAGAUGCUCAAAGGGCAUAUAGAGAAAGAAAUGCAAAUAAAAUUCAAGUACUAGAGAAAUCUGUUGAAAGCUUACAAAUGUUGGUAGACUCUUGGGAACAAAAAUAUAGUCUUCUAGAGAAACAAUCAAACGACAAUAAAAUUGAACUUUUGAAUGUUAUAAAUGAAAAUCUACAGUUAAAACAAUUAUUAGUAAACGCCAACAUUACAACAGCUUCUACAUCAUCACCUCCACAUCCACCAACACAACAUUCAGUGAUGUUACAUCAAGGUCUUCCGAAUUCAACUGUGACGCCUUCUUCUUCCCAAUUGAACCCUCAUGAUAUGAGUAGGAACUCAGUUCAAUAUUUUACAACUAAUCCUCUCAACACAAUAAUGGUCCCAGUCGCCAUGGCAAAAUGUCAGCCUUCAACUGUAAAAUCACUCCCUUCAUCACCUUCAACUGUAGUACCAAUGAUGAUUAGAAACCAUACAAUUUCUUAUCAGCCUUCCACGACAAACAUUCCAUUAAACCCACAACCCGUAUAUCAUGAUAGCUUUGAACCUGCUCUACGUAAUAGUGACAGUUCAUUGCCUCUAAAAAGACACUCUGCUGAAGAUCUAAUGUAUAGCACGAGAUCCGAAAAUAACACCUCCAUAAAACCAAAUAAAUACAUAUUGCAAAGUUCUAAUUCUAGCCCCAUUUUUACCAAUAAUAAUAGUGCUACUGCUGUUGUUGUUCAACCUCCUGUAUGUGCUACUCAUAUAACUAACAAAAAAGGUUCAUCUAUUCCAAAUGAUAGCAGUUCCACAACAAUAACGACAGCUACUACUAUGGACGCUGUAACAAAUACGAAUUGUAACAACAAGCAGCAGCUUAUGACUGUAUCAGGAAGUGACAAAACGGAAUCACGUUCUGCAUCUCUUUCUUCUGAAAAUAAUGAUUCAUAUAAGAGAAUUAAAAGACAUAUGCAAUUGAAUAAUCUUAUAUAA